CACUGGACAACAAGCUCAACAUGCUUGCUGCUGGCUGAUCUUGCUGCUGGCUGAUCUGGUGUUUACGAAGAAUAAAAAUGACAGGAUCGCCAAGACUGGAUUCAUUUUUUGCCACAUAAGCGUAAAUAGUUUGUGACCUUCCGGAAACUAUUUUAGUUUGAUAUUGACUAAAGUUGAAUUGACAGCUACCUUCAAGCUAAACGUAUCCUGUUAGUCUAGCUAAAGUUACAAAAUAAUGUUCCCUUGUGUCUCUCGUUCGUGCUUGAGAAACAGAAGAUGUAUCGUUGAUUACGGUGUCAGGUACGUUUCAGUUCCAACGACGCGAGAUCUUUCGACAGUAUUCACCGGUAAAGGUCAGUGCCCGUUUCAACGGGCGUCAGUUACUGACACCCAAUGGAAAGGAUUUGCCGUUUCGGUGUCAAUGGCGAGCGCUCGGAAACCGAGGGAGAAUUUUGUCAACCCGGUACAUCUGGACCUACCAAGAUCUGUCUCCGUCCAGCCUAGCCAGGAUGAAAACGAGAUAUCCGAGGAACGCUUUGGCUCGUUGUCCGGCGCCUUUGCCUCGAAGCGGUCAUUCCGAAAGACCUCCCCGCUGCUACGGGACAUGAGGUUCCGGGAUGGCAGUGAGGAGGAUGGAGCGAACGAAGACACGGACCCGGUGCCUUUCAGGUCUCGAACUGGAAGGAGGAACACUCCCUACUGGUACUUUCUACAGUGCAAGAAACUAAUCAAGGAGAACAAGCUAAGCGAGGCCCUGGAGCUGUUCCAGGAGGACAUGCUGCGGGGAGAGAGGCUGCAGCCGGAGGAGUUCAACUACACGCUGCUCAUAGGGGGGUGUGGACGCUCAGGCAACCUCAAACUGGCCUUCAGACUCUACAACCACAUGAAGAAGCGAGGCCUGGUUCCCACGGACGCCACCUACACCGCCUUGUUCAAUGCCUGUGCCGAGUCACCGUGGAAACAGGCAGGGUUGCAACAGGCGCUGAGAUUGGAGCAGGAGCUUCGCCGGAAGAACCACCCCCUGAAUGACAUCACCUUCCAUGCCCUCCUGAAGACCCACGCCCUGACCAAUCACCUCCGUGCCUGCCUGCACACGCUCAGGGAGAUCCUGCAGGGUGGCCAUGCCGUCACCCAGGAGACGUUCCACUACUUGCUGAUGGGGUGUGUGAGAGACAAGGAGGCAGGAUUCAGACUGGCUCUGCAGGUGUGGCGUCAGAUGUUGAGGAUGGGGCUCCGCCCUGACCUUAAGAACUACAACCUGCUGCUCCGGGCUGCAAGGGAUUGUGGGAUAGGUGACACUGCGCUGGCCUCAGCCUUGCUGCUGACCCCAGAGAAGGGGGGGGGUCAGGGGGGCCAGAGGGGGUCGAAGGUCAAGCGGGGUUCUGGGGGCGGAGCUCCGCUGGACGUUGACUUGCUGGAGGCCCAGCUGUUCACACCGUCCGGUGGCCAUGACGACAACCCCGGUUGCCACAGCAACCCGGGCAUCCAUGCCGCCAUCCCCGCAGUAACGGUGCAGGGUGGGGAAGACGCCGGGGGCUCCGCCCUCCUCGUACCAGGAAGAGACGACCAAGAGGCUCCCAUUGGCUCACUCGCCUGUCAGUCAGUGGACAAUGCCCGCCCUCCCAACCUGCUGGACCUAUGGUUAACCAACACGGGUGUGGUUUCCUUGGGAACGGUUACAGGAGCUUCUGAUAGGCUAGCUCUUGUGGGCGGGGCUGAAGGUGUUGUUGAAAAGAUGGCCGCAGAUGGGUGCCGACCCGACGUCAAAACCCUCUCUCUAUUGGCUGACACCAUGGAGCCGGGGAGCCAAUCACUGCUGAGCCUGUUGCAGGUUGCCAAGCAACACAAGGUGAAGCUGGAUGUGGCGUUCUUCAACAGCCUGAUACGGAGGGCUGCCAGAGCAGGAGAUCUGGACGGAGCCAAGGAGAUGGUGUGUGUGAUGACCCAGAAAGGUAUAUGUGCUGACAUGCAGACCUACGGCGGUCUCGCUCUGGGCUGUGUGCAGAAGAAGGAUGGACUGCAGCUUCUGAAAGACAUGGAGGAGGCGGGGCUGAAGCCGAGCGUGCAUGUGUUCUCCGCCCUGAUUGGCCGCGCUGCUCGGAGGCUUAACUUCGUGUACCUGAAGGAAGUGAUUAAGAGCAUGAAACACCUGGAGGUCCCACCCAACGAUGUCAUCAUCAAGCAGCUGGAGCUCGCUGCUCAAUACCCACCUGGUUACGACCAGUAUAAAUCCAGGAACAACUAUUUGAACCAGAUCGACGGUUUCCGUGGUUACUACCAGCAGUGGCUGAGUUCCAUGCCGGCUCAGGAAACUCCGUCCAGACCUUGGGAGCAAGGACAGUCCUCAUAGACCACUGAACAGACCACUGAACAGACCCCAGCCAUCUUCCCAGAGCAGCGCACAGACUGCUCUGGUAUGGACUUAGAAAUCUGAAGGGAAAAAAAUAAUCUCUUAACUGUAGUGUGAUAACUGGUGGCAAUUAUUAUUAUUUUUCGUAACUGAAAUACAAUCAGUUUCUCAAA